CAAGUCGCUGUGUAGUUCUAGCUUUGUGAUUACGAGACUAGCUUAGGAUCCGAGUAUAGCGUUCAAUUAGCAAGACCUAUCAGAUAUAUUAGUAUUACAUCAAUCUAUUCACAACUUAAAAGACAUUAACCUUUUAACAGUUACUAUAAAUGAUAAUUUUGUCUCUUUAACUAAACAGUAUUUUUGUUGAGUAAAUCUGAUACUGAAUUAUGAGUAUGAAAAAUAUGUUUCCACACCGCUUGGAAAUACGUUUUCGGUCAAACAACGGCAAAUUAAACAGAAUGAUGUAAAUUUUGCAAUAUUUGAAAUACGGUUCCAACUAUAAGGUUUUGAUGAAAAUUUCUUACACAUUUAAAUGAAAAAUAAAAGUGAAUAAUAAUAAACAGAACGAAAUAUAUGAGCGAACAAAUAUUGUAUUUACUUAGAUCUCAUCAGGCUUUACUCGAAUACACAGUAAUAUUUAUAAGCAUAUACGAAAUUAUUUAACAAAUGAACGUCCAUCUUAUCUUUAAUAAUACAUAUUAUAGACAAAUUGAUGGAAUAACGAUGGGUUCUCAUCUAGAUACUAUCCUUGUUGACUUUGUGUUUGCAAAACUAGACAAUGGACCUCUCAAAGAGAUUAAUGAUAAGCAUGACUUUUAUUUCCGUUAUAUUGAUGAUACUUUCAUUGUCGUCAAUCAGAACAUUCGAAAAGAACAACUCUUGGAAGCAUCUAACAAUAAACAUUCAGCAAUCAAAUUUACGUGUGGAAAGGAACUUGAUAAUAAACUACAUUUUCUUGAAGUUUUGUUAAAUAGAAAAGAAAAAGGUUCUAUCAGUAGAAGUGUGUACCGGAAAAGUUCUUUAUCAAGCAAAUAUUCACAUUUCUUGAGCUUUGUACCCUUCCAUUGUAAGAGAAACCUACUUAGAUGACUUGCAAAUAGAAAGUUGCUCUGAUGCUGUCCAAAGAAUCACAAGAAGCAUUUAUAAUAAUAAUAACUAUUAUUAUU